AUGGUCCUUCACGCCUCCUCGGACGAAAGCGCAAUGCCCAUGUUACAGCAACAGAACCGCGACGAAGAGGAUAUCCCCCUCGACGACAACGCAUCCGACAUAACCAGGGUGGGCUACGCAGCCAUGUACGGCAAAGCGGCAGCAGUGGCAGCACACGUGCGAGAAAGGAGUCCCUCAAAUCUGUCGAGUUGGUCAGACUCGUAUCGUUCGUCGACGCUGACGGGGACGGGGACACGGAGACGCCGCCAGUGGAUGACGACGGAUUUGAUCUUCGUUUGGUUCCGCUGGGGAGUCGUCGUGCUACUACAGGCGACCAUUAUCCUCCUGUUGUGGGGGCAGAACGUUGCCACCGCCGCGUGCGAGAACCAUGCCCAUCGUCACGCCGCCGCGACGGCAGAGAAAGACGCCGUUCUCAAGGGGAAGGUCGUCGAGACGGGAGACGACAUUAACGGGAUUUAUAAAACAUUGUCGCAUUCGUACACGUACCUAAAGCCAGACGAGGAUCGUUUCAUCCCCAAUAUGACCUCGAACGACAACCGAUUGGAGAUCCGGAGGAACUGGGACAUGUUGAUGCCGCUCGGCAGCGGAAGUGUCGCGAUCCCCGAGUACAAGGAGCAUCCGCUCCUAGGCGAUCCCAUCACCGACGACCCAAUCCGUUCGGGUCCGCUAUAUGAAGCGUCGUGGACUCACGCACUACACUGUCUCUACUACUCGGUCGACAGUUACCACCAGCUCAUCGUCAACGGGGGCAGCGACGACGACAACCCCUACCACGCGAGCCACUGCUUCGAGUACCUGCGCAACAGCAUCCUGUGCAACCUGGACAUGACCCUCGAAGGGUCCAUGUCCACGCCGCAGGACAAGGAGAGGGGACAGCCCCACGUGUGCAGGAACCGAGAAGAGGCCGUCAGGUGGAUCGAAGAGAGGAGGGUCGACGACUUACAGGAUAUCGUCGGGCCGUGA